AUGCUUCAUAUCUCAGAUCCGUCGCAGUCGUUUCGAUUCUACAUAGACUUCAUGGGCAUGUCGCUGAUUUUCACACUUAAUACAGGGCCCUUCGUGGUCUACUAUCUCGCAUAUCCUGGACAGAACGACCGCUCCCCAGCAGACAUAGCAAAGUCCAUGAGCUCUAGGGCGGGCUUGCUAGAGCUUGUCCACGUCCCCCGGAGCGAAAGGAAUGAGGGUUUCUCUGGCCUAGGCGAUCACACUUUUUUGAAUAGAGGGUUUGGCCACCUCGGGUUUUGUGUUCCUAGUGUGGAAGAGACACUGAAACGUGCACGAUCAGAGGGUUGGACGGUUUUAAAGGCUACGAACGACGUGUCGCUGAAUGCCAUGGACUUGAGCGAGUCGAGGACUUCCACUCCUUUGCAUCCAGAUUUCCUCGUCUCCUUUCGCCAAGUCGGCUUUAUCAGUGAUCCUGAUGGAGCUUUCAAGGCCGGUGAAUCACCUAUGAAGUUUGGGUAUCCUGGUUUGGGUCUCCUGCACAUCAAAGCGAAGGCAGAUCCGGGUGUCGAUACCUCGUUUCAUUCUCUAUCAACAGUGUUAUAG